GAAAAAAUUGAAAGGGCAAAGAAAAGGAAAAAAGAAUUGGCUAAAAAACAAACAUUGUCCUCUGAUUGGCAAUUACCUACUCCAGAAACACCAAAAACUAUGGAUAAAAUUCAAUUAAUUGAUAUCCACGCCGAUAUAAACUUUUUGGCAAAUCAAAUAUCAAUACAUAAACGAACACCCAUUUAUUUACUUAAAGAUAAUCAAUGUCUUCAAGUUAAUUUUCGUAUUGAAGGAAAAAGAACGAGGUAA